CUUCCCCACCCCUUCUGCAGAGCCAGCGUCUUGGUGGGGGCGCCCAAAGCCAACACCAGCCAGCCCGACAUCGUGGCAGGGGGAGCCGUCUAUUACUGUCCGUGGCCGGUGGAGGGUUCGGCGCAGUGCAAGCAGAUACCGUUUGACACCACCAACAACAGAAAGAUCAGAGUUAAUGGAACCAAAGAACCUAUAGAGUUUAAAUCAAACCAGUGGUUUGGAGCAACAGUGAAAGCUCACAAAGGGAAAGUUGUGGCCUGUGCUCCUUUGUAUCACUGGAGAACUCUUAAACCAACACCAGAAAAGGAUCCAGUUGGCACUUGCUACGUAGCAAUUCAGAAUUUCAGUGCCUAUGCUGAGUAUUCUCCUUGUCGGAACAGCAAUGCUGAUCCUGAAGGCCAGGGUUACUGCCAAGCAGGAUUUAGUCUGGAUUUUUAUAAGAAUGGAGACCUUAUUGUCGGAGGACCUGGGAGUUUUUACUGGCAAGGUCAGGUGAUCACUGCCAGCAUUGCAGAUAUCAUUGCAAAUUACUCAUUCAAGGAUAUCCUAAGGAAACUGGCAGGAGAAAAGCAGACGGACGUGGCUCCAGCUUCCUAUGAUGACAGUUACCUCGGAUACUCAGUUGCUGCUGGGGAAUUCACUGGAGAUUCGCAGCAAGAAUUGGUUGCUGGAGUUCCAAGAGGAGCACAGAAUUUUGGAUAUGUUUCAAUCAUUAACUCUACAGAUAUGACCUUUAUUCAGAAUUUCACUGGUGAACAGAUGGCAUCUUAUUUUGGAUACACUGUUGUAGUAUCAGAUGUUAACAAUGAUGGAAUGGAUGACAUCCUAGUUGGGGCACCCCUCUAUAUGGAACGAGAAUUUGAGAGUAAUCCCAGAGAAGUAGGGCAAAUCUACCUGUACUUGCAAGUGAGCUCCCUCUUCUUCAGGGACCCCCAGGUGCUCACCGGCACUGAGACUUUCGGGAGAUUCGGUAGUGCUGUGGCACACUUAGGAGACCUGAACCAAGAUGGAUACAACGACAUUGCCAUCGGUGCACCCUUCGCAGGCAAGGAUCAAAGAGGCAAGGUGAUCGUUUACAAUGGGAACAAGGACGGCUUAAACACCAAGCCUUCCCAAAUUCUGCAAGGAGUGUGGGCCUCGCAGGCUGUUCCUUCCGGAUUUGGCUUUACUUUAAGAGGAGAUUCAGACAUAGACAAGAAUGAUUACCCAGAUUUGAUUGUAGGUGCAUUCGGAACAGGAAAGGUUGCUGUUUACAGAGCGAGACCAGUUGUGACGGUGGAUGCCCGACUGCUGCUGCACCCAAUGAUCAUCAAUCUUGAAAAUAAAACCUGCCAGCUCCCAGACUCUAUGACAUCUGCAGCGUGCUUUUCUUUAAGCGUAUGUGCAUCUGUAGCAGGCCAGAGCAUUUCAAACACAAUAGCCCUGAUGGCUGAGGUGCAAUUAGAUUCCCUGAAACAAAAAGGAGCCAUUAAACGAACACUCUUCCUUGAUAAUCAUCAGUCCCAUCGAGUCUUCCCUCUUUUGAUAAAGCGGCAGAAAUUCCUCCAGUGCCAGGACUUUCUUGUUUACCUUCGAGAUGAAACUGAAUUCCGAGAUAAAUUAUCUCCAAUCAACAUUAGUUUGAAUUACAGUUUGGAUGAAUCCACCUUUAAAGAAGGCCUGGAAGUGAAACCGAUACUGAACUACUACAGGGAAAAUGUUGUAAGUGAACAGGCUCACAUCCUGGUGGACUGUGGAGAAGACAAUUUGUGUGUUCCUGACUUGAAGCUGUUGGCUAGACCAGAUAAGCAUCAGGUAAUCAUUGGAGAUGAGAAUCACCUUAUGCUCAUAAUAAAUGCAAGAAAUGAAGGGGAAGGAGCCUAUGAAGCUGAACUCUUUGUAAUGAUUCCAGAAGAGGCAGAUUAUGUUGGGAUUGAACGGAACAACAAGGGCUUUCGCCCACUGAGCUGUGAGUACAAGAUGGAAAAUGUAACCAGGAUGGUGGUGUGUGACCUUGGGAACCCCAUGGUGGCUGGAACAAAUUAUUCUCUAGGCCUUCGAUUUGCAGUUCCACGUCUCGAGAAAACAAACAUGAGCAUCAACUUCGAUCUCCAAAUCAGAAGUUCCAACAAGGAUAAUCCAGACAGCAAUCUUGUGAGUUUGCAAAUCAACAUCACUGCUGUGGCUCAAGUGGAAAUAAGAGGAGUAUCCCACCCUCCGCAGAUUGUUCUGCCCAUUCACAACUGGGAACCGGAAGAGGAGCCCCACAAAGAGGAGGAAGUUGGACCAUUAGUGGAACAUAUUUAUGAGCUACACAAUAUUGGACCAAGUACCAUCAGUGACACCAUUCUGGAAGUGGGCUGGCCAUUCUCUGCUCGGGAUGAAUUUCUUCUCUAUAUUUUUCAUAUCCAAACUCUGGGGCCUCUGCAGUGUAAAACAAAUCCUGACAUCAACCCACAGGAUAUAAAGCCUGCUGCCUCUCCAGAGGACACCCCUGAGCUCAGUGCCUUUUUGCAAAACUCCACCAUUCCUCAUCUUGUCAGGAAGAGGGAUGUGCCUGUGGUCGAAUUCCACAGACAAAGCCCCGCAAAAAUAUUGAACUGUACAAAUAUCGAGUGUCUGCAAAUCUCCUGUGCAGUGGGACGACUUGAAGGAGGAGAAAGCGCCGUCCUGAAAGUCAGGUCACGAUUAUGGGCCCAGACGUUCCUCCAGAGAAAAAAUGAUCCCUAUGCUCUUGCAUCUCUGGUGUCCUUUGAAGUUAAGAAGAUGCCUUAUAAAGAUCAGCCAGCAAAACUCCCAGAAGGAAGCAUAGCAAUUAAGACAUCAGUUAUUUGGGCAACCCCAAAUGUUUCCUUCUCAAUCCCAUUAUGGGUAAUAAUACUAGCAAUACUUCUUGGAUUAUUGGUUCUGGCCAUUUUAACCUUAGCUUUAUGGAAGUGUGGAUUCUUUGACAGAGCAAGACCUCCCCGGGAUGAUAUGACAGACAGGGAACAGCUGACAAAUGCCAAGACCCCUGAGGCAUGACAAG